UGUCAAAAUUGUCAAAUGUAAUUUCCGUUUCCUUCAUUCCCUUCCAUUUUACUUCCUUUCUUUCGUUGUCUACGGUCGAGGAAGGAUUGAAAUAAUGGCGGACGCAGCUCCAGCCGGUGGUCGUGGUGGAUUCAGGGGAGGCUUUGGAGGAGGUGCUCCUGGUGGUGGCAGAGGGGGGCGCGGUGGCCGAGGUAGAGGCAGGGGCAGAGGACGCGGUCGUGGCCGUGGAAAGGAAGAUUCCAAGGAAUGGGUUCCUGUAACAAAACUGGGUCGUUUGGUUAGAGAUGGAAAGAUAAGGUCUUUAGAAGAUAUCUAUCUGUUUUCUCUGCCAAUCAAAGAAUUUGAAAUCAUUGAUUUCUUUAUUGGAAGUGAUCUCAACGAUGAGGUGUUGAAAAUCAUGCCCGUCCAGAAGCAGACUCGUGCUGGUCAGCGUACUCGUUUCAAGGCUUUCGUAGCCAUUGGUGACAGCAAGGGCCACAUUGGUCUGGGUGUUAAGUGCAGCAAGGAAGUAGCCACUGCUAUUCGCGGUGCUAUUAUUCUAGCUAAGCUUUCUGUAGUACCUGUCCGAAGAGGGUAUUGGGGUAACAAGAUUGGUCAGCCUCAUACCGUACCUUGCAAGGUUACUGGCAAAUGUGGUUCUGUCACUGUACGUCUCAUUCCUGCACCCCGUGGUACUGGCAUUGUAUCUGCACCAGUACCUAAAAAACUUCUCCAAAUGGCUGGUAUUGAGGACUGUUACACAUCUGCAAGAGGUUCUACCGGAACCCUGGGUAAUUUCGCGAAGGCUACUUACGCUGCUAUAGCCAAGACCUACGCUUAUUUGACCCCAGAUCUGUGGAAAGAAAUGCCGCUGGUUCGUACUCCUUACCAAGAGUACGCCGACUAUUUGGCGAAAAAUCAUCGCGUGGUGGUAACCGCUGCCAGACCGGAAGCCUGACACGGAGCUACCGAAGAAGAAGUCCCAGCAGCAACAGCAGAUGUAUUUAGUGGAAUGCAUUGGAUAUAGAUUGUAAUGAAUUGUACUGAAUACAUUUGAAAAGCAACAGCAGCAACAACAAUAAAAAAGAAUAAUAAAA